AACGGCUCCCUCUCUCCACCGCAUCCCCCGACCACCGCCGCAUAGAUUCGGGCCUUCCCUCCUCAUCUCAAGAUUUUUCUUAUUGCCAGCGAUUCUCCUUCGCAGACCCUCACCAUCCUUCCCCCUCACUCCUUCUGCCGCCAACCAUUAAUCCAAUCCCCCUCAGAAGAAAACCUUAAACCUAUUCAGUCAUCAUCCACUACAGAUUCAGCUCGUGCUUGUUCCCAUGAUGUUGUCCCUUCACCAUUGGUUUUGGUCAAGUCUUUGAGUACUUUAGAAUAUAAGGAAAAAGAGAAAUGGACAUGCAAAUGAAGGUGGCGCAUGCUGUUCAUGUGUUGAAUCACGAUGCUGAAUCCUGCAAUCGUGUGGCUGCAAAUCAGUGGCUGGUUCAGUUCCAGCAGACAGAUGCUGCUUGGGAGGUUGCCAUUUCCAUCCUCACCUCUGAGCAUCAGCCCUAUAUUUCUGACUUUGAAGUUGAAUUCUUCGCUGCUCAGAUUCUUAAACGCAAGAUCCAGAAUGAAGGGCAUUGCCUACAGUUAGGGGUUAAAGAUGCUUUGCUUAAUGCGCUUCUUGUUGCUGCUAAAAGAUUUACUUCAGGCCCUCCUCAGCUUCUAACACAAGUCUGCCUUGCACUCUCUGCACUUAUCCUUCGUGCUGCUGAGCGUGGAAAACCUAUUCAACAACUUUUUUAUAGUCUCCAGAAUCUGCAAAGCCAGGAUGAUGGAAAUGUUGCUGUUCUGGAGAUGCUGACUGUUCUACCAGAAGAAGCAAUUGACACCCAAAGCAGUGAUUGUAAAAUAAGUCCAUCACACAGAAGCCAGUAUGGCCAAGAGCUUCUUUCACAUAUACCAAUGGUUCUUGAAUUCCUACUUCAGCAAUCUGAAAAGAGAUUUGAGGAUGAUGUGCAACUGCAAGAAAAAAACAGAAAAAUUCUGCGCUGCUUACUAAGUUGGGUUCGAGUUGGAUGCUUCUCGGAGAUUCCUCAGGGCUCAUUAGCUGCACACCCGCUGCUCAAUUUUGUAUUUAACUCGUUGCAGGUUUCUUUGUCAUUUGAUCUCGCUAUUGAAGUUCUUACUGAACUUGUUAGUUGUCAUGAGGGGCUGCCUCAGGUAUUGUUAUGCAGAGUUCCCUUUCUUAAGGAGAUUCUUCUUCUGCCAGCUCUUGCAAAUGGAGAUGAGAAAAUAAUUGCCGGGCUUGCAUGCUUGAUGUCUGAAAUUGGGCAAGCUGCACCAUCUCUGAUUGCAGAGGCAAGUACUGAGGCACUUGCACUGACGGAUGCACUCUUGAGUUGUGUGGCAUUUCCAAGUGAGGGUUGGGAGAUUGCAGACUCAACUUUGCAAUUUUGGUCUACCCUUGCAAACUGUAUACUUGGCCUCGAUAUGGAGAGCAGGAAUAGAAAAAGUGUGGAAGACAUGUUUUUUUCUAUAUUCUCAGCGUUACUUGAUGCUCUUUUACUGCGUGCUCAGGUGGAUGAAUCUACAGUUGGUGAUGAUAGUGGAACUAUUGACCUUCCUGAUGGCCUUGUUCAAUUUAGAAUGAAUCUUCUUGAACUUUUGGUGGAUAUAUGUCAGCUUUUACGGCCUCUUACAUUCACACAAAAGCUUCUAUUCAGUGGUUGGUUAUCUGCAAAUGUACCAAUAAAUUGGAAAGAGGUUGAAACCAAAUUAUUCGCCCUUAAUGCAGUUUCUGAAGUAGUACUACUAGAUGGCCAAACUUUUGACUUCUCAAUGAUUGUGCAGUUGGUAGCAAUAUUGUCUUCUUCACCUUCUGAAAGUAUCAAGGGUUUCAUUUGUAUUGUAUACAGGUCUCUUGCAGAUGUUAUUGGUUCAUAUUCCAAGUGGAUAUCUGCUUUUCAAAAUAAUGCCAGGCCCCUAUUAUUAUUUCUUGCUGCGGGAAUAUCAGAACCUCUGUCCUCGAAUGCUUGUGCCUCAGCCCUUCGUAAAUUUUGUGAAGAUGCUUCUGCUGUGAUUUAUGAACCUUCAAAUUUGGAAAUCUUAAUAUGGAUAGGAGAGGCUCUAGAGAAGAGGCAUCUUCCUUUGGAAGAUGAAGUGGAAAUUGUUAGUGCAAUUAGUGCAAUUCUUGGGUCUGUUUCCAACAGGGAGCUACAGAAUGCUUUAUUGACUAGGUUGCUAUCUUCUAGCUAUGAAGCUGUCAAAAAACUUAUUGAUGAUGACAACCAUUCUCUGAGACAAAAUCCAGCUCUAUAUACCCAAGUUUUGAACUCUGCAACAAGAGGGCUUCACAGGAUGGGAAUUGUAUUCAGUCAUCUUAUAUCACCUUUGCCAAGUGAGCCCUCCAGUGAUGAUCCUAUUCUUGGACUACUUAGGAUUUUUUGGCCUAUGUUGGAAAAACUCUUUAGGUCAGAACACAUGGAAAAUGGUAGUUUAUCCGCUGCUGCUUGCCGGGCCCUUUCACUAGCAAUUCAGUCCUCUGGCCAACAAUGUAUGGUGCUACUUCCCAAAAUACUUGAUUGGCUAUCAUCAAACUUUUUGUCCUUUCAAAGUCAUGAUUGCUAUGUCAGAACAGCAUCUGUGGUUAUUGAAGAGUUUGGCCAUAAGGAAGAGUAUGCUCCUUUGUUUAUCACCACUUUUGAACGAUUUACACAAGCGUCAUCAGUAAUGGGUCUUAAUUCUUCGUAUAUAUGUGAUCAAGAGCCUGACCUAGUGGAGGCCUACACAAAUUUUGCAUCAAUCUUUGUUCGUGGUACCCGUAAGGAAGUAUUGGCUGCAUCAGGUGCCAUUCUUGAAAUUUCCUUUCAAAAGGCAGCAAUAUGGUGCACUGCUAUGCAUCGUGGUGCAGCACUUGCAGCUAUGUCAUAUUUGUCUUGUUUUCUGGAGAUAGGCUUGUCUUCUUUAUUGGAAUCCGAAGGAUCAUUCAGUACAAUAGCUAUUCACGUCAUCUCUCAUAGUGGGGAGGGACUUGUAUCAAAUAUAGUCUAUGCUUUACUUGGUGUUUCUGCAAUGUCACGGGUUCACAAAUGUGCAACGAUCUUGCAACAAUUGGCUGCAAUUUGUAGCUUGAGUGAGAGAACAAUCUGGAAGGCCAUUCUUGGUUGGGAAUCUUUGCAUGCUUGGUUACUUGCAGCGGUGCAGGCUCUUCCAGUUGAGUAUCUCAGGCAAGGAGAGGUAGAAACUUUGGUGCCCAUUUGGUUAAAUGCCCUUGGUGGUGCAGCCUCAGAUUAUCUGGAGAGCAAGAGCUGCAAUGGAGUAAAGAGUGAUUAUGGGCAUAUGCAAGGGAAGGGUGGGAGAGUUUUGAAACGUUUAAUCCGAGAGUUUGCUGAUGGUCAUCGCAACAUCCCAAAUUUAACUUGAUUGCUUACUGUAUAUAUUGUAACUUACAGUGAUUCUGCCUGCGGCUUCAUUCUCUACCUAGCUUAAAGCAUCCCUUGCAAAAUGAUGGCUUGUUUUCAUUCUUGCUUAUUGCUGGGAGCACUGAGCUGGAGAGUGUGCUUGCUAUCUCCCAAGUGUAACAGUCUCUUGUACAGCAUGGUACCCUCCCCAUUCCUCCAGAAUCAAAGUAGGAUAUUCAUUUUUGCGCAAGCCUUACAAUAUGGUAAAACUUAAUUUUGAGAUUAAUACAAAAGUAAUUGUUGA